UCCACAUCCACACACCCUGAACGCACCACGGGCACGCGCCCUGACUACGUGACUGGUUGGCCAGUUUGAACCUGCAGCCUGUUCGAGGGAGGAAGUACCGGGAGCCUGCAUCGCUGCCCGGCUGUUGUUGAGAAUGUGUCUGACCCUGGACAUACAAGAAUUUGAAGAUUUUGACAGUGCGGUGAAAAUACAGUCAUUGAGGCACUACAGACUCUUUGGUGGCCAGUGUUUCAGCGUAACAGAUGAUGCUUCAAAAUGGACCAAGUGCAUUCAGCCCCUCCUGUCGGUGAACUCACAGACCAGCGGCCUGCUCUGUUUUGUGAAGCCCAGCUCUGCAGUGAAUUCCAUAGGAUCACCAACCAAAAGUUACCAUCUUCCCUCUUUGCUGAACUUGAUGAAUGUACACAUCAUCUACUGAAGCUCUACAAAAAGAAGACUGGACAUUUCUUUGAGAAGAUGAAAGAACUCCUGAGGGCAUAUGAAGGACAGGACAAGGACAAUGUCUGUGCCGCAAGAAUGACAGUCCUGGCUGGCCUUCCGCUGUACUUGAAGGAGGAUUCUUCAGACGUGUUCAAGACUUGCAAGGCACGUGCAGCGGGUCUCUGGUCUCACAGAGGGGUUUCCACCUCACCGGGGGUCAGAAGCGAUGCUGUGGGAAAGAUCGAGUCGACUCACUAUCAGCUGGUUUACACCUGCAAGGUUUGCUCCACCAGGUCCAUGCAGAAGAUCUCUAAGUUGGCGUACCACAAAGGUGUCGUGAUCGUCACAUGUUCGGGAUGUAAGAACCAUCACAUCAUCGCUGAUAAUCUCUCCUGGUUCUCUGACCUGGAGGGGAAGAGGAACAUCGAGGAAAUCCUGGCUGCCAAAGGAGAGACUGUGAGGCGGGUGGAGGGCAGCGCUGCUCUCGAGAUCGUGUUGGAUGAAUCCAGAAAAAAUAAUCCACAAAAUGGAAAAGACACAGGACGGACAGACAAUGAGCCAGAAAAGCAAUAAAGUUUGUAAUGUGUUUAUACUCUGUGUGACAAACUGAAGGAGGGACCUGUUUGCUGGUUUAUUCUGUGAGUCUGCAGGAUGCGGAUUCAGUAGCUGCCUACGGGACUAAAAUGAAUCAUGCUUGUGGCUUUUGUCACCCGAUCUCUGAGACAUUAUUCUGUAUAAAGCAGAUAUAAAAAUACCAGAUCAGGAACUUUCUUUUGCAGGAAAGAUGAUUAAAGAGGUCUCGACAAUUUAUCAUCUCUUUGUAAAGUGUAAGAUAAGUGUAUUUAUGUUAAAUUAAACACUCAGCUUUUUAAUUGCAUUUGUCAUUUUGAGCAAAGAGUUAAGUUUUCA